UACGACUCAGGGCUAAUCCAAUCGCCUUUCGCCUCAGGGAGUACAGAUGAGGAAUACAACCAAUAGGCUUUCGGAAUCGCCGCCGUGGGGGUAGAGAUACACACAAAGGCUCCGCCCCUCCUCUGUGACUCUAGACUCUAUCCUGAGACUAUCCCUACCUUAACUUUGUAUGGUGUCUCCACUGGAUCAAAUUUCAUCGCUCCAGCUGCGGACUUUUUUCGUGGUCCCUGAUGGGCUUAGAGUAUGAGCAGCUGGUGGGUAUUUCAAUUCUAUGAACAUUUAUUGAGUGCCUACUGUGUUCUAGGCCCCAGCAGGAGGGACAGUUCUGCCUUACCCCCAACUUCCUCCCAGCAAGGACUACGCAAUGAGAACUCUAUGGACCCGACCCUCCAGAUGUUCUCACCCAGUGACUGUGUCCUGGCUGGAAUUCCUCGGGACUCUGACAGCUCUGGAGUUUCCAGUCAGUCUCCAUGCUCAUCCUCUCCAAGGGAAUGUACACUGCAAAUUCGUUCCAAGUCUGAUAAACUGAGUGUCAGCUUGGCCUCAGAGAAGCCUUGGGGUCUUGGUGUGGUUCAUAAGAUCAACUUAGAUUCACAGAAGCUGAAAAGUGAUGAAAAGGAGUCCCUAAAGGAUGAACAUCUCAAUUUCAAGAAGUGGCUGAUCUCUGAGGAGACACUUUCCUCAAGCCCGAAGCUGAAUGGGAAUUCAAAGGGGAAAAUGGCCAGGAGCCGGAAUGGGAACAGGAACAGGAGUCGGAGCCGGAGCCUGAGCCCAAGCCCAAGACCUCUGAUGAAGGCUAGUGACCAGAGAAGCUUGGAGACAGACAAUUCUAAGGCCCAAGGCAAGGUCUCCACCAUCAUGAUUCCUGACUCACAAAAGCUCUUAAGGACAGACUUGGAUUGCCUGAAAACUCAGCUUCAAGCCCAGACCAAUGCCUUUGAGUUCCUGAACCACUCUGUGACCCUUCUGGAGAAGGAAAGCAGCCAUCAGAGGGUUAAAAUCCAGGAGCUAGAGGAAGUGAUGAGCCUGUCUUGCUGCCCAGCCCAGAAUGACCUCCUUAGACGAGGGGCAGAACUAGGGCGUCAGGAGCUGUGGCAGGCACUGGCUCGGGGCCUGCAGGAGGUGAAGGAAAAUCUUCGUGGGAGCGAGGAGGUCCAGCGGGGCCGUACCACCCGCUCCCUACUACAGCUGGGCCAGGAGAUUCGGGAAAGCAAGAAGUUCCUAUGGGAGGAGCUGGAAAUACUGCAGGAAGAGGUGACCUACAUCCACCAGAAACUCAAAUCACAGGAAGAAGAAAUCAACAAAAAUCUGGUGAAUAUCAAGAAAAUGCAGAAGAACCAGGUGAAAUGUCGAAAGGUCCUAACGAAGAUGAAACAGCAAGGGGGCAUGGUAUCUGAGGAGGAUACUAAGUCCAAGGACUGGUGGGGGCAAGAGGAGCUGGAGGAGGAGCUGAGUGACAUAUGGUCAGCUGUGAACACUCUGCAGAAUGCCAUCGAAAGCUUAUCCCUGACCGGAGUGAAGCACUGUGGAGUUCUAAAGAGCCGGAGGGUACGAAAGUGUGUGAGUCCAACACUACCGCCAGCCUGGACAACAGAUUCGGAUUCAGAUGUCAACCCACCUCACAGCCCAUAGCCAAUAGCCUGACCCAUGAAAGACUCCUUCAGCUGAACUGCUGGGACCUGCCUGAUCAAGGAAAGGGAGACGUCCCUGAGGAGAGCCUCAGCCUCCCCAAAUCCCCUAAGACAGAAAAUAAAAUAGGAGUGGCCCCUUUCCCAACA